UGUUCCUCAGACUGUGGGCGAGGCGUUCACAGUCGCACAGUGGCCUGCACAAACCCUCAGAGGGUCUGUGACCCUCAGUCCCAGCCCCCCCAUGAGGAGCCCUGUGAGGACCACUCCAAAUGUUACGAGUGGAAGACUGGAGACUGGUCCAAGUGCUCGUCGUCCUGUGGGAAGGGCCUGCAGUCACGAGUGGUCCAGUGUAUGCACAAAGUAACAGGUAGUCAUGGUAACGACUGCCCAGUGACGUCGAGACCACCAACCUACCGACCCUGUCACCACGGCACCUGCAACGAGAAAAUCAAUGUGAACACCAUCACCUCCCCCAGGCUAGGUGAGACUCAACUAUUUUAAUGUUAAACUUGCCUUCAUCGUUCAUAAAAGAGCAAAAAAACGAAUACGUAAGCUAAAACAUCAUCAUGAGGUGUGCCUUAAAUGCUAAUAAAGUAUGUUGUUCCAUCAUGGUUGACAUUUUACC